CUUUAUGUUGGAAAUCUCGACAGCCGAGUGAAUGAAGAAAUUUUGACCCAGAUAUUCGCUGCCAUCUCCGAGGUAGACAAUGUCAAAAUCAUCCACGAUCGUUACGCUACUCAUGGAAGUAUGAAUUAUGGCUUUGUUGAAUUUCAAGAUCAUCAAGGAGCUGAAAUUGCACUCCAGUCUAUGGCAGGAAGAAAGGUGUUUGGGCAGGACAUUCGUGUAAACUGGGCAACUCAGGGUUCAACCCAAAAAGAAGAUACAAGUGGACAUUACCAUAUUUUCGUUGGUGAUCUGAGUCCAGAGGUCAACGACAAUGUGCUUACAAAGGCUUUUAGUCCUUUUAGAAGUACUUCCGAAGCACGUGUGAUGUGGGAUCAAACUACCGGUAAAUCAAGAGGAUUUGGGUUUGUUGCAUUUCGAGACAAAGCCGAUGCCGAACAGGCAAUUGCUACCAUGAACGGUGAAUGGUUAGGCUCCCGUGCAAUUCGUUGUAAUUGGGCUAACCAAAAGGCGAGUGGACAACCCGGAAUGCCGGUAGCUGGUCCUCCCGCUGCUACAAUGGAAAGACAAUUUGAUUCUGUAGCAACAUCGGCCAACAUGUCGUACGAACAAAUUUUUGCCCAGACUCCACACUAUCAAACCACUGUCUAUAUCGGCAAUUUGCCCCAUGGCAUCACACAGCAAGAUAUUGCACCUUAUUUCCAGCAAUACGGAUAUGUAACCGACAUUCGCCUUCAGUCUGAUCGCGGCUAUGCAUUUGUUAAGAUGGACUCUCAUGCCAACGCUGCCACCUCGAUUUUCGCUCUCCAAGGCUUUGCAAUCGGUGGUCGCCCUGCCAAGUUAUCUUGGGGAAAAGACCGU